UCUUCUUCAUCUUCUUCUUCUUCUUCUUCUCUUACUGAAUAAAGCUGCACUUGCACGGUUGCACCGCAUUCACAUCUUAUCUCUCAUCUUAUUCUCAUUUUCUUUCCCUUCCAUUGCUUUUUCUACUCUCAGUUUGCACUGUCUGGGAGGAACAAUGGAACAUAACAGUUAUAGGACAAAGAUCAAAAGCACUAUUCUUCACCAUCUCUUCCAGAAGGAGCGACAGAGCCCUUAUUAUGACAAUCUAUGUCGCCCUGUUUCAGAUUUGCUUCCUUUCAUUGCCAAUGGGAUCAGAGGUGUCACCACCAAUCCAGCGAUUUUUGAGAGAGCUAUUUCAUCCUCAAAUGCCUACGAUGAACAGUUUAGGAAAUUGGUAGGGGCAGGAAAAGACACAGAGGGUGCCUAUUGGGAAUUAGUAGUGAAAGACAUACAUGAUACUUGCAAAAUCUUGGAGCCAAUUUACAAUGAUUCAGAUGGGGUAGAUGGAUAUGUAUCUGUUGCAGUUUCCCCCAAGCUAGCAAAUGAUACCAAGGGGACAAUUGAAGAGGCAAAAUGGCUUCAUAAGAUGAUUGGGUGUUCAAAUGUUUACAUUAAAAUUCCUGCAACCGAUGAAUCCAUUCUUUCUAUGAAGGAGGUUAUUUCUCUGGGGAUAAGUGUAAAUGCCACACUCAUAUUCUGCCUCCCUAGAUAUGAAGCAGUGAUUGAUGCUUACUUGGAUGGCCUUGAGGCUUGUGGGAGAACUGAUCUCUCCAAGGUUUCAAGUGCAGCAGCAUUCUACAUCAGUAGAGUGGAUACUACGCUUGACAGAAAACUUGACCAAAUUGGUACCUCUGAGGCUCUUGAUCUCAAAGGAAAGGGUGCAAUUGCUCAAGCAGUCUUAGCUUACCAACUUUAUCAGAAAAAGUUUUCUGGUCCAAGAUGGGAACACUUGGAGAAGAGAGGUGCCAAGAAGCAGAGGUUAAUGUGGGCUUCAACAAAUGUGAAAAAUCCAGCUUACCCUCACACAUUUUAUGUUGAUUCUCUUAUUGGACCGGAUACGAUUUCAACGAUGCCAGAGCAAGCUCUCAAAGCCUUCAUGGAGCAUGGCAUUCUUUCAAGAACUCUUGAUGCCAAAGUAUCAGAGGCUCAACAAAUUUACAAUGCAAUUCAGAAGUUGGGGAUUCAUUGGCCUUGUAUUGGAUCACAACUCGAACGUCAGGUGCUGGAUUCCUUCACAAAAAGCUUUGAUAAUGUGCUCAAUUGCAUUCACAACAAAACACUUGUACAAGUCUGAGGCAACACUGCUUGCAUGUUAAUUAAUUGUUUAUGGCUGAAAAUUGUAGCAGAGACUAAAAAAUCUAUGUACUAAUAAAU